UCCGGCAGUCCUCCCAUGCAUAUAUAUGGACAUACCAAGUUACGCCUUCUUCUAAAAGUGUACGUCGUACAAUAACGGUUAUCACCGUCUCCCGAAAUUGCCCUCUCUCCUUCUUCUAAUUUUCCAUCAUAUGCCACUCUCACCAUAGCCUCUCCCUAAAACCCAAGCAACCCUCUCCCACCUUCAACCCUUUCCCUCUCUGCUAAAAUUUUCCGGCAACCUAAAAUGAUUUCGUGGCACGAUCUCUACACCGUUCUCACCGCGGUAGUGCCUUUGUACGUCGCGAUGAUUCUGGCGUACGGCUCCGUGCGGUGGUGGAAGAUCUUCUCGCCGGACCAGUGCUCCGGUAUCAACCGAUUCGUCGCCAUCUUCGCUGUUCCUCUCCUUUCCUUCCACUUCAUCUCCACCAACAACCCCUACGCCAUGAAUCUCCGCUUCAUCGCCGCCGACACGCUCCAGAAGAUCAUCAUGCUGGUUGUGCUCUGCCUCUGGGCCAAUCUGACAAAGAACGGGAGCUUGGAGUGGAUGAUCACCAUCUUCUCUCUCAGCACGCUUCCGAACACUCUCGUCAUGGGGAUUCCCUUGUUGAUCGCCAUGUACGGUCCCUACUCCGGCUCGCUCAUGGUUCAGGUGGUGGUUCUUCAGUGUAUCAUUUGGUAUACUCUGCUUCUCUUCCUGUUUGAGUAUCGUGGCGCGAAGAUUCUGAUCAUGGAGCAGUUCCCUGAGACGGCGGCGUCGAUUAUCUCCUUCAAGGUCGAUUCCGACGUCGUUUCCCUGGACGGCCACGAUUUCCUGGAGACGGACGCCGAGAUCGGCCGCGAUGGGAAGCUUCACGUCACCGUGAGAAAAUCAAACGCAUCCCGUCGAUCGUUGAUGACCCCGCGGCCGUCGAACCUCACCGGCGCCGAGAUAUACAGCCUCAGCUCGACUCCGAGAGGUUCCAAUUUCAACCAUUCAGAUUUCUACGCUGUGAUGGGAUUUCCCGGCGGGAGGCUCUCCAAUUUUGGCCCUGCGGAUAUUUACUCUGUUCAAUCCUCGCGCGGUCCGACCCCACGGCCCUCGAAUUUCGAAGAGAGCAAUGCCGUCAUCCCUUCCCCGCGGUUUGGGUUGUACACGAACAGUUCUGUUCCCGGAUCGUACCCGGCUCCGAACCCGGAGUUCUCCUCCGGCGCGGCUGGUCCGAACAAAUCGAACAAAAACCCUAAAGAGACCCAGCAGCAGGAUAAUAGCCAAAACAGGGACCAUAGUAGCAAAGCGAGCCACGACGCCAAGGAGCUUCACAUGUUCGUCUGGAACUCAAGCGCUUCGCCGGUCUCUGACGUGUUUGGAAGUGGAGGCGGAGGUGCUGAGCUCACCACCAUUGAGCAAUCCGAAAGGUCUGAUCAGGGUGCCAAAGAGAUUCGGAUGCUCGUCUCCGAUCAACCCCUAAAUGGGGAAACCAAAGCCGGUGUCGACGAGUUUAGCUUCGCCGGGAGCGGAGAUGACGAAGAAGAGAGGGAGAAGACGGCGGGGCUGAACAAAGUGGGUUCGAGCUCGACGGCGGAGCUACACCCGAAGGAGGGAGGAGGUGGAAAAAAUAUGCCGUCGGCGAGCGUGAUGACACGUUUGAUAAUGAUAAUGGUGUGGAGGAAGCUGAUCAGGAACCCAAACACCUACUCCAGCCUCAUCGGCCUCAUCUGGGCUCUCGUUGCUUUCCGGUGGCACGUGGCGAUGCCGAAAAUAAUAGAGAAAUCCAUCUCUAUACUCUCAGAUGCUGGCCUUGGAAUGGCUAUGUUCAGCUUAGGUUUGUUCAUGGCUCUCCAACCAAAGAUCAUCGCUUGUGGGAACUCCGUGGCCACCUUUGCAAUGGCAGUCAGAUUCCUCACAGGCCCUGCUGUCAUGGCCGUUGCUUCCAUCUCCGUUGGCUUGCGUGGCGAUCUCUUUCGUGUUGCCAUUGUCCAGGCCGCAUUACCUCAAGGAAUUGUUCCCUUUGUCUUCGCCAAAGAAUAUAACGUGCAUCCCGCGAUUCUCAGCACCGCGGUCAUAUUUGGGAUGCUAAUAGCCUUACCCAUCACUCUCGUCUACUAUAUCCUUAUUGGUUUGUGAAUUCGUAUAUAUGACCGAUCGAGGGAGAACUACGUGAAGCAUCCAACUGGUUUCAACUCAACGCCUCGGAAUACGGAUUUUUCUCAUUCCUAGAAGAAAAGGUGGGAGAUGUGGUUUUGUUGUGUUCCAAUGUUUUUGGAACACAACAAAAUUGCUUAGGAUUUUGCGAAGAAGAUCCCAUGAUGUAAGGAUCUUGCCCUCGCCAAAACUAAAAAGAUAAGCUUUCUUUAUAUUAUAGACCAUCUUUUCUUGUAGAUCUUGAUUGGUUAAGCAUUUGAGUUGUUUAUUUGAUAACUUAUUUGUUUUUAUAAAACGUAAUCGAUUUUCUUUU